UCCAUCCUGGGCAGGGCAAGGCAGGAGCGUAGGGAAGUCCCCUCUUCCCUCAGCCAAAGGCAGGUCCAGGAUGGAACAUUCCUGCUCGCUCCUGCUGCUCUGUGUUAGUUUCAUUUUUGCACGAGCUCUGCCACCCAAUGGAACUGAGCUGCCCAAAACAACCACAACAACCAACUCCACCGAGGAGAACACCUUACACAAGGAGCUGCUGACCUCCCUGCUGAUCCUGGUGCUGGUGGUGAUCAUUUUCGUGGUGCUGGUGGGGUAUUUUUUCAGGUUCAGGAGGCACAGGAAAGCUGUGGUCACCUCCGGAGACAAGAAGAUGCCAAAUGGGAUCUUGGAAGAGCAAGAGCAGCAGCGGGUCAUGCUGCUCAGCAGGUCCCCCUCGGGCCCCAAGAAGUAUUUCCCCAUCCCCGUGGAAAACCUGGAGGAGGAGAUCCGGAUACGCUCGGCCGACGAGGGGAAGCUCUUCAGGGAGGAGUUUAAUUCAUUAACGUCUGGAUAUGUGCAGGGAACGUUUGAAAUGGCAAAUAAGGAAGAAAACAGGGAGAAGAACAGAUAUCCCAACAUCCUGCCAUAUGAUCAUUCCAGAGUGAUUUUGACCCAAAUUGACGGAGUCCCACCUUCAGACUACAUUAAUGCAUCAUAUAUAGAUGGCUAUAAAGAAAAGAAUAAAUUUAUAGCAGCACAAGGACCCAAGCAGGAGACAGUCAAUGACUUCUGGAGGAUGAUCUGGGAGCAGAAAUCAGCCAUCAUUGUCAUGCUAACCAACCUGAAAGAAAGAAAGGAGGAGAAGUGCUUCCAGUACUGGCCUGACCAGGGCUGCUGGACGUACGGCAGCGUCCGCGUGUCCGUGGAGGAUUCCAUGGUGCUGGUGGAUUACACCAUCCGCAAGUUCUGCGUGCACUCGCUCCACGAGGGAUGCAAAGCUCCAAGGCUCGUCACACAGCUCCACUUCACCAGCUGGCCGGAUUUUGGGGUGCCUUUCACACCUAUUGGCAUGCUGAAAUUCCUGAAAAAAGUCAAAACCUUGAAUCCUGCCCAUGCUGGACCAAUUGUGGUUCACUGUAGCGCGGGCGUGGGGCGCACGGGCACCUUCAUCGUCAUCGACGCCAUCAUCGACAUGAUGCACGCGGAGCAGAAGGUGGAUGUCUUCGAGUUCGUCUCCAGGAUCCGCAACCAGCGGCCCCAGAUGGUUCAGACUGAUAUGCAAUAUUCCUUCAUUUACCAAGCCUUACUUGAGUACUACCUCUACGGUGACACGGAGCUGGAUGUGUCAUCCCUGGAAAAACACCUCCAGACUUCCCACAGUGCAGCCCCAAACCUGGUCAAAAUAGGCCUGGAAGAGGAAUUUAAAAAGCUGACCAACGUGCGCAUCAUGAAGGAGAACAUGAGGACUGGCAACCUCCCGGCCAACAUGAAGAAAGCCAGAGUCAUCCAGAUCAUCCCCUAUGAUUUUAACAGAGUGAUUCUGUCCAUGAAAAGAGGGCAGGAGUACACAGAUUACAUCAAUGCUUCCUUCAUAGAUGGCUAUCGGCAGAAGGAUUAUUUCAUUGCCACCCAGGGUCCCCUCCCUCACACGGUGGAGGAUUUCUGGAGGAUGGUGUGGGAGUGGAAGUGCCACACCAUCGUGAUGCUCACCGAGGUCCAGGAGAGGGAGCAGGAAAAAUGCUGCCAGUAUUGGCCAUCAGAGGGCUCUGUGACUCACGGAGAGAUCACGGUGGAGAUCAAGAGUGACAGCCUGAUGGAUGCCUUCAGUGUGAGGGACUUCCUGGUUACAUAUAAUCCGAGCAACCAGGAGAAGCAGAGCAGGCUGGUCAGGCAGUUCCACUUCCACGGAUGGCCGGAGAUCGGGAUUCCUGCCGAAGGGAAGGGCAUGAUCGACCUCAUUGCAGCUGUGCAGAAGCAGCAGCAGCAGACAGGGAACCACCCCAUCACUGUGCACUGCAGUGCUGGAGCAGGGAGAACGGGAACCUUCAUAGCCCUGAGCAACAUCCUGGAACGGGUGAAGGCUGAGGGGCUCCUGGACGUGUUCCAGGCUGUGAAGAGCUUGAGGCUGCAGAGGCCACACAUGGUGCAAACACUGGAACAGUAUGAAUUCUGCUACAGAGUGGUACAAGAUUUCAUCGACAUCUUUUCAGAUUAUGCUAAUUUCAAAUGAGAAUUCUGCCUUAUUUUUUAAUUUGUCUGUAUAAAUAGUUGUAUAUUAUGUUAAUUUAUUCCGUGUCACUUGGAUUGUUGACUGAACUGUAAAUACAACAUUGUGCUGGCUCUAAAAGUUGCAUUUGCUGUAUAAAGUUGUUUCUUAAAUAUAAAUAUCUUCUAAAGCAAAGUAUAAUGUUCUUAUACUGUAUAGCACUGUAAGAUGGGAUAGAAAUCUUUAUUCUAAAUAACAAAAAAUUAAUUCAUGGAUUUUUUUUUCCCUUUGAAUUUUACGAUCUCCCACUUCUUGAAUUUUUUGACAAGUGAUUUACAGUUCAUCCUAAAAAAAGUGAAUUUGGGUGCACAUGUUUGAACAUGUUUUGUUCACCGGGGAAAUAUGUUCACCAUGAAAAUAGAUAUUUAUUUUUCCAGGUUGUUUUAAAGAGCCUCCAGGUUUUGUUGGAUUUUGAGUCAUACUAUCCACAGGAAAAAAUCAGUAGAAAUACACAUUUGAAUUUUUGAAUUAACAGAACUUUCAAAGCCCUGUUCAUUUGGGUUUUUUUCCAAAUAUUGUUUAAGUCGACUUGGAAAGGCAAUAAUGUGAUUUUUAGAGUAUUUUGCAUAUUUGAAAAGUAUAUUUUGCAGCACCUGAACUUGUCUACUUGAAGAGAAAGGCCAGAAAUGGAGUUAAAAGCAUCUCUUCUCUAUAAACACCUGCAUAACUUCCCACUUCUUUAAAAUAAGAGAUGAACUCUUAUUCCUUGUUUUGACUCAGCAGGAUAAUUAAGAGGUAAAAAUUGGAAAAAAUGUUUUAUGGACAGUUUAAUGCCAGAAACAUUGAGUAUUGUAGAAGUUCCUUCAGGUCCUUACCUUCCCAGAAAUGUUAUCAAAAAAGGACUUUCUUUAAGGGGUUUAGGGUUGUGUACAGAGAUAUAUUUUUAUUGAAAGUACUACUGAGAAUAAAAUUGGUGACAGAAAAUGUAAAAGUUUUUAUUACUGCCCCGAUCAGGGGCUGGGAAAUCCCCAAAAUCACAGGGGAUUGUUGAAUAAUUCCCAAAUUUACCUUUCCCACUCUUCCAAAAGCAUCUCUGACUUAAUGAGCACAAAGGGGUGAAUCUGUAAUUAAUUAAAUAACAAAUAUGCAACAUUUCUGUCUCGUCCAGCCAGGCUUUGGCCUUAUUUCAAACAAGCAGCUUGAACUGA